AAUUUAACCCAAUUUCAUUGCCGAUCAAAACACAGGGGCGCUUUCGACCUCCAUGGCCAUGUACGAACUUUCCACUUUCGAUUUCGAGCUUCGAAUCAAUUACGUAAAUCAAAUUCGUACCCGUAAUUUAAAGAAUCUAAUUAUCUUGCUGAAAAUUACAGCCUCCGCCAUCACCUUUUCUCGCGAUUCAUCGAAGAUAAGUUCUCCAUUGUCCUUAACAGUUUAAAUCAGCCUUUAUGUGCUGUUAUAAUACAAUUUUGUCAUGCACCGCUGUAUUUAUUGGCUUUGUAAGACUGUGGAUUUGCAAAAUCUGAUGCAAUGGCGACAUCUAGCAAGUUUGAUCUGUCUUCUGGUAGCCCAGAUAGGCCGCUGUACACCAGCGGGCAGCGUGGAGCCCACUUAGCUGCUCAAUUAGACAGAUCAGGUAGCUUUCGUGAGACCAUGGAGAAUCCAAUUCUAUCUUCUCUGCCAGGUAUGUCAAGGAGUUUAUUAGCCCAAGGAGAUGUAUCCAACUUCUUCCAAUGCUUGCGUUUUGAUCCCAAGGUGGUCGCUGCUGAUCAUAAGUCUAAUCGUCAAGGAGACUUUAAACGGCACAUUAAUGUUGCUCUUGGCAUUUCUGCUGAUGAAUCUCCUACUGUUUUGUCAAAAGGCAAGCUGCUGCCUUUUCCCAUACCAGAGGAAAUCAAACGAGUUAAGGCUGGUCUACGUGAUUGCGCUGUCAAAGCCAGGGAGCGUAUGAAAACUUUCAAUGAAGCCUUAUCGGUAUUCAACAAGUUUUUCCCAAGCAUACCAUCUAAGAAGAGAUCUCGAUCAGAAAGCUUUUCUAGUGACCGACCUAAUGCCUUGUUAUCUAGUGAUCGGUCAGUCUUGGGGCCAACCAUUGGUAAGAUGGGAAUGCAUAAUCAUUCCAUCGCAGGAGGUUUUGAAUUUGAACAGCAAAAGUUAGAAGAAAGGCCUAAAAGUGCUGUUCCAAAUAAACGUACUCGAACUUCUCUGGUGGAUGUGAGGAUGGAUAUGCGGAAUAAUGCUCUAGUCAGGCAGCCUGGUAAUGCAGAUAGGGACAGGGAAAUGCUCAGGGUUUCAAAUAGUGGUGCAGUUCAGGGUGAAGAUCGAACUUUAUCUGGUGGUGUUGAUGGAUGGGAAAAGGCAAAGAUGAAGAAAAAGCGUUCUGGGAUAAAACCUGAUGUAUCUCCAAGUAUGGUAUCAACUAAACCCAUUGAAGGGUAUCGGGAAUCUAAACAGGGAAUGCAGCAAAGGCCUGUUACUGAUGCUCGAUCAAGAUUAAAUAAUGACUCCCACGGGUUCAGGUCAGGGAUUGCUAAUGGAUCUGCCGGAGUUGGAAAAUCAGAAGGCAUCUCACAGCCGACAGGCUUGGGUCCACGAUCAUCUGUACCUAGGUCUGAUCUGGACAGCAGUCCCCUUCUCAAUGAUAGGAGAGAUCGUCCUGUUGCUUCCGAUAAAGAGAGAGUGAAUCUCAGAGCUGUUAACAAGAUGAGUGUUCGUGACGAAUUUAAUUCAGCUAGUCCUACAUCAAGCACAAAAAUGAAUGCAUCUAUUCGCGGUCCACGAUCAGGUUCUGGAGUUGCUCCAAAAUUGUCACCAGUUGUUCAUAGAGCAACUGCAUCAAAUGACUGGGAGCUUUCUCACUGUACAAAUAAACCACCUACUGCUGGUGGAGCCAAUAAUCGCAAACGCACCACAUCUGCUCGGUCUUCAUCACCACCUGUUGCCCACUGGGCUGGCCAGAGACCUCAGAAGAGCUCCCGUACUGCAAGACGAACAAAUCUUGUUCCUAUUGUUUCAAGUAAUGAUGAAACUCCAUCUCUGGAUACUGUGUCUGAUAUGGCAGGCAAUGAAAUUGGGUCAGGAUUUGCUAGACGCUUGUCAAGCAGUUCUCCCCAACAAGUUAAACUAAAAGGUGAUGCCUUAUCUACGGCUGCUCUUUCUGAGAGUGAGGAGUCUGCGGCUGCUGAAAUUAAAUCUAAAGAGAAGGUGAAAAAGUCUGAUGAAAUGGAUGAGAAAGCUGGACAGAAUGUUCAAAAAGUAUCUACUUUGGUCCUGCCAUCAAGAAAGACUAAGCUGAUGACUGGAGAAGACAUUGGAGAUGGUGUACGUCGACAAGGGAGGACUGGGCGGGGUGUUACUUCUACGAGGUCUGUUAUGCCAAUGACAGUUGAGAAGUUUGGUAAUGUGGGCACAGCAAAACAGCUCAGAAGUGCCAGGCUUGGUUUGGAUAAGGCUGAAAGCAAGGCUGGUCGUCCUCCAACUAGGAAGCUCACUGACCGCAAGGCCUAUGCACGACAGAAGCAUGCAGCAAUCAAUGCGGCUGCAGAUCUUCUUGUUAGUUCAGAGGAUGGACAUGAAGAGUUGGUGGCUGCUGUAAAUGCUCUUGUCAGUUUUGCUCAUGCCUUUCCCAACUCCUUUUGGAGGCAGAUGGAGCCAUUUCUUGGUUUCAUGUCUGAUGUAGAUAUUGCCUAUUUGAAGCAGCAGGGAAAUUGUGAACUUACCAAAUUGGCAUCAACACCAGUUCCUUCUAUCAUAGAUGGUUGCAGUAUCAUCUCCAACGGAUGUGAGUUGCUUGAACAGGGAAGAGAUGCUGGAAUUGAUGCUGUAACAUCAACUGUUGAACUCCUUUCACAACAGUUGGUCCUGGAGACAAGGGACAAUAAUGUGAUUCCCCUCUGUCAGAGAUUUAUAGCAGCUCUAAUUCCAGAAGAAGAUAGUGACAGUGGAAAUGAAGACCUCCCAUUUGACUUAUAUGGAACUGGAUUUGAGAUGGAUGGAGAAUUGGGAUCCAAUGGUUUGAGUCAUAUUAUUAACUUCCAAUCUACUGGGCAUGCUUCUGUCAAUAGUUAUAGGAUAACUGGGAAGCCAGAGAAUGAUGAUCCAGAAAUUGAUAUGUUGGGAAACACAGGAAUAAACUCAAGUUUUAGUCAUUGCCUGAAUGGCACUUUUUCAGACCCGCUGAUGCCUAGCAUUGUCUGUUCAGAAUUCCAGUAUGAGAAUAUGAAGAUAAAUGAGAAACUCUUUUUGGAGGCUCAAAGUAUUGGAAUUUUCUUGGAACCACCGCCUGACAUAGGACAGAUGGAGGAUGAUGAAAUCCGUGAGGACAUUAGUAAGCUGGAGGAGAUGCACAAUGAACAGGUUUCAAAGAAGAAAGGCUUGCUUGAUAAACUGUUGAAAGCUGCCUCAGAAACAAGGGAGAUUCAGGAGAAGGAAUUUGAACAACGUGCUCUUGACAAACUUGUCACGAUGGCUUAUGAAAAGUAUAUGACUUGUUGGGGUCCUAAUGCUACUGGUGGGAAGAGUUCCAGUAACAAAAUGAUCAAGCAAGCUGCCUUAGCAUUUGUUAAACGGACAUUAGAUCGAUAUCAUAAAUUUGAAGAUACAGGCAAGAGCUGCUUUGAUGAGCCCAUGCUUAGAGACAUGUUUCUUUCUGGGUCUUCCCGCCUAAAUGGUGCACGAUCAGUAGAUUCUCCUACAGACGGUGAAUCUGGGAAGCCAUGUGGCAACAGCUCCACACGUUCUCUGGAAGCUAGAACUUCAGGUCAAAAUGGAGAUAGCUAUGCUGUCAAUUCUUCUGAUCUGCUUCCACCCUCAAAUCGGUUUUCUGAUCAAACUACUGUUAAAGAUGACUCAUGGUCUAACAGGGUGAAAAAGAGAGAGUUAUUACUGGAGGACGUAGUUGGUAGUACUAUUGGUACUUCUAGUGCACAGUCAGGCAUUGGAAGUUCUUUGUCAAGCAGUACAAAGGGAAAGAGGAGUGAGAGAGACAGAGAAGGAAAGGGACAUGGUAGAGAGGUUUUAUCUAGAAAUGGAACUAAUAAGAUUGGUCGGCCAGUUUCCAAUGUUAAGGGGGAAAGGAAAUCAAAAACAAAGCCUAAGCAGAAAACAACUCAACUAUCUGUUUCUGUAAAUGGCCUUCUUGGCAAGAUGUCAGAGCAACCCAAACCAUCAACUUCUGUAUCAAAAUCAAGUGAGGUAACUGCUAAUAAUACUGCCAAAGAGAAAGAUGAGUUUAGCCUGGAUGUAUUGGAUGACUUGCAGCUACCAGGACAAGAUCUGGGUUCAUGGUUGAACAUUGAUGAUGAUGGAUUACAAGAUCAUGACUUCAUGGGCCUUGAAAUUCCAAUGGAUGAUCUUUCCGACUUGAAUAUGAUGGUUUGAGUUGCUUUCUUUGUAUAGUCUUGUUCAUUAUACUGUUGACAAACAAAAACAUAAUCACUGUCAUCAAGAAAUGACCGUUACAUGGAUAGUUGUUUGGCUGUCCGGUCCCACAAUUAGGUUAUAUAGAUUCUUUGUAGACUCCCCCACAAGUUGAUUUUCGAGUGAACCUUUUCGACGUCUUGAAUUUUUCUCUUAAGUCGGUGACUUCCACUGUAAAGAUCUUUUCUUCCUACAAGUUAGUUUGUCUAGCAAUUAUAUCUUAGCAAACCCUGUAUCCUGGCUGUAGCUUUUACAAAUCAGAGAGCAAUGCUCUUCUUGUAAAUACAUUUAUAUUCCCAAUAAAAUUAGUUUUUUUGGUCAGAGUAGUUAUAUUUUGUAAAAAUAUAUGGGUUUUCUUUCCUGCUUUUCUGGUUUAUGGGUCUAUAUUUUCACUUUGCCAACUGCAACUGCCGUUGAAAGUUGUUAUAUCAGAUGCAGUAAUUUCUCCUAAGGUUUGUUCAUGAAGAAGGUUCUCUUCUGAGGCUAAGAGAUAGGAAUGUUCAGUGAAGAUGUCAAGACAACAAUUGGCUGAGUUUUUGUCAAACAGAGAAAGAAGAAUUUUGGUGACUAGAGACUAUUAGCUUUGUCUCCUUCCUGCUUUAUUAAAGUUGCAGAUUCUCACUUCGAUAAUCUGUCAGGAACUAUGGUAAAACUGCUCUCUUAAUUUUCUGAUCAAGAGCCAUCGACCUGGGUUAAAUGCUAGAAUGCCAUCUGCCACAGUGGCCAUUAACCUGCAUUACUACUGAGGUGUACAUUUAAUUACUUAUGCUGUCUGAAGCUGCUAGGUGGUUUUCUGCACGAUGCUGUACAUUAUUCAUUUCUUGGCCUCCUCAAGUGUCAUUCCCGAGCAUCUCAGUAUUCAUUCGAAACUGAAGACUCUUGUCUUAGUUGCAAGGCUUUGUUUGGUUUGUCCAAUAGGGGCCAAAUAAUUGCGGGGUACACUUCUGGGAUUUAUUUGUUGAGAACCUUGAUUCAACCUCCAGCUUUGCUGCACUUCUCAGUUUAGUGAUGACCUAUUGUCCUAAUGAAUUUUCUUAAGUUUCUUGCAACACUUCUGAGUUUAGGGAAGACUAUGUCUUGAUAAAUUUUCUUCAGUUUCUUCAAAUUAUUCCUGAUGUUAUAUUUCGAGAAUCGAUAUGCAAAACAAUAUAAGGAAAUUGAUGAAGUUA